GGCCAUGAUCCAUCUGCUCCCACCACAAUGUGACCACCCUCUGAAAAUCUCUCUCUCUCUCUCUCUGAUCGCUCUCUCAAUCUUCCAUCUCUGCGACUGCAAGAACGAAUCAUAAUCAUGAUUAUAUAUUUUUUCUUCAGAGAGGAACUCGGCCAAACCCAUUAUAAUAAUAGUAAUGGGGAAGAUAAACCAGCUCAGAUUAAUGGUAACUGUCAUUUUCUAUGAUUUCUUUACAUUUUCAUGCUUACGGGAAAACGAACUACCAACAAACUACCCGUCUCUUCUCCCACGAUGCCUGUUUCUUGAUCGGCAUUUCGCCUUCCAAACCUACACACGAAAGCCCCAUUUCAUCUUCAAGAGGGUGGGGGGGCUGAAUAAGAGAGAUGGCGCCGGAGCUUAAUCGGCAAACCGGCAGAAGCCGAGGCUUCUAUGUCAGGAUGAGGCUAUUGCAGAAGCAGAAAGCGAGGCAGACGGAGAAAAAUGCUUAUUUCUACAGAUAUCUCAAAUGGGCGAUCUGGAUUUCUCUUUCCUGCUAUUUCUUCACCUCCUUCCUCGUUAGCCACAGCCCCACAACCCAGAAGUCCUCCACUUCUCUCCCGAAAACCACCGUUCGCCAUGCCAAAGCUUCUCGCGCUCUCUUCGAGACCAUCAAUGGUCUGCAACAACCCAGAUCUCUUCCAGAGUUGUUGAAGGAUUUGAAGGUGUACGUGUACGAUUUGCCGGCAAAAUACAACGCAGAAUGGCUAUCGAACGAGCGGUGUAGCAAUCACCUUUUUGCUUCUGAGGUGGCGAUACAUAAAGCUUUGAUGGGUAGCGAAGUACGGACGCUGGAUCCAUGGCAGGCUGACUUCUUCUUCGUGCCCGUUUACGUGUCCUGCAACUUCAGCACCGUGAAUGGCUUUCCGGCCAUUGGCCACGCCCGUUCCCUCUUAUCCUCCGCCGUCCAGCUCAUCUCCUCGAAUCUACCGUUCUGGAACCGAAGCCAUGGCUCUGACCACGUCUUCGUUGCUUCUCACGAUUUCGGAGCUUGUUUUCACACAAUGGAGGACGUAGCGAUUGCAGACGGAAUUCCAGAUUUCUUGAAGAACUCCAUUAUUUUACAGACAUUUGGCGUUCAAUACCGCCACCCAUGCCAGGAGGUCGAGAAUGUGGUGAUACCGCCGUAUAUUUCUCGAGAAAGCGUACGUUCGACUCUGACAAAAUCGCCGGCUAACGGCCGGCGGGACAUUUUCGCUUUUUUCAGGGGUAAAAUGGAAAUUCACCCCAAGAAUAUCAGCGGUCGCUUUUACAGCAAGCGCGUGAGGACGGCUAUAUGGCGGAAGCACGGCGGCGACCGGAGGUUUUACUUGAUGAGGCAGAGAUUUUCCGGUUACCAGUCGGAGAUCGUGCGAUCCGUGUUUUGCCUCUGCCCUCUUGGCUGGGCGCCGUGGAGCCCGAGACUGGUGGAAUCGGUGGUGUUGGGAUGCGUGCCGGUGAUUAUAGCCGAUGGCAUCCGGUUGCCCUUCCCCGACGCCGUUCAUUGGCCAGAGAUAUCCCUGACGGUGGCGGAGAAAGACGUCGGGAAGCUGGGGCAGAUUCUGGAACACGUGGCGGCGACAAACCUAUCGACCAUUCAGAGGAACCUCCGGGACCCGGCCGUCAGCCGGGCUCUAUUGUUCAACGAUCCAAUGAUGGAAGGCGAUGCCACGUGGCAGGUUUUGGACAGCCUAGCCCACAAGAUUGACCGGUCCCACAGGCCAUCUAGGCUUUCGGGCCAAUCAGCGAAUGACACGUAACCCUUUUUUUUGGGGAUUGGCGGCAAAGAGUUGAAUGCUGGUUAGGACUUUAUUUUUUUUUUCUGACGCGGAGUGUCAUCGAUGGAGGGAGUGGGAUACAGCUGGGAUCCAUUGGACUUUGUCUCGCUUCGGACGGUUGAUCUUUAAUUUGCUGAGAUUUUGAAAUUCAUCAAAGGCGGGCCCCACGAGGUCAGGCUUUUUUGGCAGGGAGUGGGGUAGGGCUGACGUGGCGGGCAGCCGUAGGCUGGAUGUGCGGUUUUGCAGUUGAUGCUUGUCCGUGUGAACAGCGAAGCGGAAUUUCUUUUACGCGAAGAGGGAAUGAUAGGGUGCGGUGGUCGGCAUAGAAUCCCGAGCGGGUCCCGCCGGUCAGAGGGGCUGUAAUGUAAUGUAAUGUAAAUUGAGGGGAACUAAUUUUUUUUAUGCAAAGAAAUUGAAAUCACGCAAAAAUAAUAUUUAUUC